AUUGCAUUGUAUUGCCACUCCUAAGAUGGCGUCGAGUAGCCGCUGGUUGUCGCUGACGUCCGGGUUCUGGUUCUGGUUUCUGUGUGUGGCCGCCGAUGACGGGAUCCAGAAAUGUGACGAGCUGCGGCUGGGACAAUAUGUGUGCGUGGAUCCCGAAAUAAACCCGGCGACACAAGAGCCGGUCGGAUGUGCCAACUAUACCGCUAAUGCCCCCUGUUAUCCCGCGCCGAAUAUUUCCUGCAAAGAUUAUAAAGGAAAUGUCACCACGUUCUAUGGGAAAGAAGUCGGAUUCUAUAGACCCUUUCCGUGCCGCAACGUGAACGGUUAUUCUUAUAAAGUGGCCGUAGCGUUAUCCUUAUUUCUCGGAUGGUUAGGAGCCGACCGCUUCUACCUGGGAUACCCUGCUCUAGGAUUGCUGAAGUUUUGCACGGUUGGGUUUUGUGGGAUCGGCAGCCUCAUUGAUUUUAUCCUCAUCUCCAUGCAGAUAGUCGGCCCUUCUGAUGGAUCCAGUUAUAUUAUCGACUACUACGGAGCUAGACUUGUCCACCUGACGAUCAAUAAUGAGACGUUCAGAGAGUCGCAGUUGUACCCAUAAUGCCCGUGUAUUUUUGAACAUUCCCUAACCUGGAAGAUUUUUCUUUGAUGCAGAAUACUGGGGCUCUCUUAGUUUUCAAGCGUUUUCUCGAAGAUGUGCCCAUCGUCAUUGCCGGAUAGAGAAGACGAUUGUCACAAUUUUAAGCCCCCAAUGGGUUGUUUAUUACAUUGUGGGUAAGACCGAGGAGCCUGAUGAGUGUAAGGACUGGAUCUGAAGAGACUUGUGACGAAUUCCUGCACAUUUAUAUUUAUUGAUAUUUUAUUGGAUGUCAGAAGUCGUCACAUAAUCCUGAUGGUCUCCGAUGCAUGAGCUGUAAUGACUGGUCCGUCUCCUCCACGUGCACCGAUAUUGGCUUCAUCAGGCAAACAGAGCAGCGUUCUGAGCAGUAAAUAUAGUUUCUGCAGUCUCCAGGCUCAGAACAGAACAUUGCU